ACAUACAUAUCAGGCUAGGGCGGGACUAUCAUCGCUGCGGUUACGCUGUAUCCUGUUAUAAAAGCACAGGAGCGUCAAGCUCAGCGUUGCGGCAUCGUCGACGACUACCUACGCGAUGGACGGCGACAAAUGCACUAAGGCACAGGCGGCUGAACACGAAAGCCUAAAACGAUUCGCGUUCGUCGGAGUCGCGGUCUCUACGAUUGCUACUCUGACCGCGAUUAUUGCUGUUCCUAUGCUCUGUAUGCACAUGCAUACUAUCCAGUCUGGCAUUCAGGAAGAGCUCUCUUAUUGUCGGACGAGGAACACCAGAAUGCGUGGAGAAUAUUCCAAGCUUGAAAGCGUUCGUACAUUGGCUACUCGAGCAAAACGGCAAUACCCUGAGCUUUGCUGCUCUUGCGGUAUCGGCGCACCGGGACCAGUUGGACCACCAGGAGAAGAUGGUGAUCCAGGACCAGAUGGAAAGCCUGGAAAACCAGGACCUCCCGGAGCUGACGCACCUAGCACCACCGCCGUGCCAACAAAAGACGAUUUCUGCUUUGAGUGCGAGCCGUCACCUCCUGGACCCGAUGGUGUUCCUGGACCUAUGGGACCGCCAGGACCACCUGGAGGACCCGGAGAGAGGGGACCCGCUGGACCUCCAGGCCAUCAAGGCCCACCUGGACCGCGUGGACCAGCCGGACCCGCAGGAGCGGAUGGAGAACCAGGACCUCGGGGGCCACCUGGACCUGUACGAACUAUGCCCUCAGAGUCUGGAAAAAUGGGACCACCAGGUGAGCCAGGACCACAAGGCCCACCUGGACCAGAAGGUCGUCCUGGACAGCCUGGCCGAAACGGACAACCCGGCCCCCAAGGAGAUCCGGGAGCAGAUGGACCCGACGGGAAGAACGGAGAAAAUGGACCACCAGGACCCCCUGGAAAGGAUGGAGCAAAGGGAUCAUGCGAUCACUGUCCUGUUGCACGUACUCCACCAGGCUAUUAGUUGCAUUGUUUUUGUAUAUAAAAAUUCUCCAAAAAUAGUUCUUCCUUAUUUUUCUGAAUCGUGUGUGAAGCAAGAACACCUUGCAAGACUCUUUCGAAGGAUAGAUGAACCUCCAAGUCCUUUGUUUGUGAUUCCUGUGUUGACAUGGAAUGAAGUACUGCCAAAAUUCUCAAUGACUGCCCUCUUUGUUAAUUUUACGAAAGAUUUUGCGGCAAAGGUACAGAUGAGUGUCUUAGGAUUAUUGAAUUCAAUUCUCCCCUUCAUAUCCUCUGCGCAAUGCAAGCAUUUGAUUAUUGUUUAAAUAAAGUUACGUAUGUCGGCACAAGUGCACUUCCCGCAAUUC